GUCACGCCACGCUUCUUCUCCUCUUCUCCGGGCUGUACCCCUUUGCAUUCUUGCAUAUUUUUCUUUCUUCACCUUUUUUUUCUGCUUGUCAUUUUUGGGAUUUAGCCUUUUCCCUUUUGUUCUGCAGCAUCAGCUCCAGCUUCUAACCUCCUCGCUAUUUUUAAAAGAGCAUUUCCUCAAAAGCUUGUUGCCGACAAGCCAAGUAUAUCUGCAGCGCACGCUCCGCCCUUGAAAAGAACGCCGCCAACGCACAGCCACGCGCCGCCUUGCCCCAGCAACACAAACACCUCCAAGGCUUGUCCUCGUCUGCAGCAACUCCUCUUCUUCUUGCAUAGAGCAGCAUCAUCUUGCAUAAAAACAACAACACAAGUCUAUAGACUGCGCAUAAUCGAGCUCAUCUCCCAAAAACACGCCGAAUUUUCACUCUACACGCUACACACAAACAACCCAGGCUGUCAAAGAGACGUCAAACCGCUACCAUUCACCACAUCCCCACUGUCCAAGGCCCAUUAGCUCGAUUGGCUAACAAAAGCCUGGUCUGGAAAUAAACACUGGGGACGCACAGAGAUUAAGGAGGAUCCACGCCCCUACUUGCCUGCUCAGCUUUGCGCUGCUCUCGCGUCAAAGCAAUGAGCGCCAGUGCACACGCUGAAGACUGGCCAUUGCCGCGAACAAUGGCAACCGCAACACCCACGCCCAGGCCGCGCCUCCAGCACAGGGAUCUUCCUUCAUCUCCGUUGCAGCAAGCACACGAUGCCGACGCAAUGACCAUGCAGCCACAGCUCUACCGUUCCUCCCCUUACUCUGCUGCCGACUACAUCAUGUCAGUCGAGCCUUCUUCCGGCCCUCACACGCCCCAACAUCCGCUCCAACACGCCGAAGCUCCCGACUCUCCAUACGACUCCUCUGCCACCGAGGGCGAUACUCCCAAGGCAAGACCGGCUACCGUUUUCACAGCUCGACCUGCCCGGAAGGGGAGAGCACCCAAUCUACCUCCGCCCUCUGAGGACGCUGCCACCGGAGACACUCUCUUUUCCAACCUACGCGGCCGUAUUGCUUCGUCGACCUCACCAACACGGAGAUCAUCAGUGUCGCGUGCUGCCGAGUUUCCUUCGUCGCCCCCCAAAUCGGCCGCGAGCCCAGUCACGACUCCGAACUCUUCCCGCUUCUCCUUCAUCACAUCCAGGAUGGCUGCCCUCAAGGCCCUGGCUUCGCCAGCCGCAUCGCCCUACGACGAUGAGCUUACAAGCAUGGACAUUGAAGCUGCCUUGUUUCCUCAAGGAGCACCUACAGACGGUGAAGCCUUCUCACCUGCUGCCUUUAAGAACCUGCAGCAGACGGCUACUGGCUUGCUGCAAAAGUACCAAACCGCAUACCAGAGUCGUACUGCUGAAUGCAAGCAGCUCCAGGCUGACAAGGUAGCGGUGGACGACGAAAAGAGCGAAAUGGAAAUGCGAACGCAGCACCUCAAGAUGCAACUGGAGGAUAUGUCACGCAAAGCAGCUGAGACGGAAUCAUUUAUGAGACAGCUCAUGGAUGAACUAAACCGUGAGAAGAAGAUGCGCCGGCAGGCCCAGGCCAUCAACCGUAACGGCCAACCAGCACCACUAGACCCUAGCACUGAGGAUCUUUCUGCCGAGUAUGACCAGCAAACCAAGACAUGGCGUCGUAGCAUCGAGGCAUACAAGACGGACCACAGCUCGGAUACCGACAACGAUAGUGUUGCCGAGUCGAGCGUCUUUUCUCGCUGCAGAAGCCCUGCCUUCACGCCCAGCCUUUCCGAUGUCAGUCCCGGGGAUCUUGCACCACACCGCCCUGUGUAUCCUGAUCUCACACCACCGGCACAUCUGGUUCGCCAGUCGAACCCUGUUGGCCAGAAUGCGCUACAGAGAUUGUUUAAGAAUAUUGCUGGCGAAACAGAAGUGCAGAUUCUACAGGAGUGUGGCAAGUGCCGUGGACAAGACGCAAGCAUGGCGUGGGAUACGGCCAAUCUCAUGAAGGAUGAAAAUAGAGGACUCAAAGAUCGAGUGACGGAGCUGGAAUCCGCACUCGAGGGGGCCCUGGAUAUUGUUAACGGCGUUGGACUAUAGAACACGCAUCUAGCAUCACAAGCAACAUUACAUAGCUACCCAUCUUUUGCACGAGGUCCGAUUUUGGGGUCGUGCAUAUUUUGGUUUUGUAGAGACGAUUGAAUAAUGAUACCAAUAGAUUGAAUC